GUGUAGUUUCCUGAGUGGUUAUGAUUGGACAAUAACUAAGUGUUUCAAAUAACUUUAUUAGCAGCAACAGUGAGUGAACAGAAUGAGGUUACCUGGAGGAAGGCUUGGUUGCUAUUUACAAUAGUGUAUUGUAUGGCUGCGAUAGGAGAAGGGAUUGGCUCCCGGGCUUAGAGCCGCGAAAGUAACAGGCAGAAGGACAAGCGUAUGGAGGCAUGUACUGAGAUACCACGGCCAGGCUGGUUUAAACCGUGCUGUCCCUAGGCUUGAGUUUGGGGAGAGUGUUCUCAACAACUGUUGUUGCCAUAUUGAUACAUCAGGCUGCAGUAGCAGUGUUAAGAGGCGCAAAAUGGAGAAGAAAUCAGAUCAACCAUCACAGUGUUCAGCUGUUAAGCAGCCAGGUCUAAGUGGACUGAUUCCCCCUUCCCAUUUUGAAACCCGUCAUCAUGUGUCUGUUCCCCCACCUUCUGCAUCUGUUCCAUCUCGUUCUCCUAUCUGUGAACCAUGGGCAGACCUUGCAAGGGAGUUGGUACAGCUAAGGCAAGCAAAUGAAGAAUUAAAAAAAAGACAAGAGUGGGAGCGCGAAGUUAUGCAAUCAAGGCCCUUGCACUGUCAGCCUCUAGAGGGGCCACCUACAGAAUCACGAGCAUUAGAGAUAAUUGCACACCAAAUACAGGAGAUUCGCAGACUGGAGAUUGCUUUAGCUGAUGCACAUGACAAGGAUGAGAAGUUACAAAAGAUGCAGCAGGAAGUCAAGGAAAUGAAUAAAAGGCAGAAGGAGAAUGCACAAACAGAACAGAGGAGGAAUGCAGCAGAAGAAGUGGCUGCAAGGCAGCGUGAAGCAGAGUUGGUGACAGCAUUGCAGCACCACAAGAGGGAAGCUGAGAAGCUAAGAAGCAGAGUGCAGGAACUGGAGGUGGAGUUUAAUGAGGACCAGGAACAGAAAGCGCAAGAAUUGAUUCACCUGAAAAAUGAUCUACAAACUGUCACAAAAGAGAGAGAAAUGUUAGCUGGCCAGUUAAGUCAGUCUCAGAAAGCUCUCGACGCCCAGAAUUCCUUGGUGCAGCAGCUAAAGACAUACAUUGGGGAGUUGGUUCCUGAUAAUAAAAUGUUAGAGGAGAAGAAUAGAGAAAAGAUGGAGCUCCUGAACACCUUACAAGCCCUCGAAAAAGAGCGGGAUGCUUUGCAGACCACAUUGUCUCUGCUUCAGACCCGUCUGUCAUCCCUCACAAAUAUUCUGUCCUUGCAGGAAAAUGAAAUUUGUAAAAAGGGCAUACCCAAGGAUUAUGAAAAAUUUCAACAACUUCUCUCAAGGUGGCGUGAGAAAGUUUUCUGCCUUAUGGUUCAGCUCAAAUCUGAGGAAAUCCACAAAGAGGAUGACCACAGAAAAAGCAGAGAGAAAAUCUCAUCCCUGGAAAAAGCUCUGCAAGAGAAAGAUCAGCAGCAGAUUUUACUGUCACACACGCUACAAGAUCGUACAGCUGAGCUGGAAAUGGAAAGGGUCCACAGUAAAUGUCUUCAGAAUGAGCUGUCUACAGCAAAAGCUAAAUCUGACCAUCUCGCCAGCAAAGUUGAAAUGACUGACAAGGCUGUGCUGAACCUGAAUCAGUUGGUUGACAACUUUGCACAGGCUCUAUCCACACAAGAAAUAUCAUUGAAGGGUGCUCUUUCACGCCUGGUUACACUCGGUCAAAGAGUGUCAUUUGCAUCUAAGAGGGUGGAUACAACGCAAGGCUUGGUAGCACAGAGACUUGCUCUUCUAAGACUUACAAAGGAUGAAAGGACAAAACCGUCAUCCACACAUGGUGAAAUUUGCCAACCAUCUUAUGAAGAUCUUGAGGCUGAGGUGAAGCUGUUAAACGAGGAGAGAGAUCGUCUUAGUGCAGAAUUGAAACGCAGUGCACAUUUGAUAGAGAGCCAAGUGGCAGAAACUAGAGAAACAUUGGAAGCUGAAAUAGCAGAAUAUCAGCGGACUAUAUCAUUUUUGCGCCACUCUAUUCAUGAGAAUGAAAAGACUACAAGAGCACUUGGAGAGCAGUUGGGAGUCGCUGAGAAGAAAUUGCAAGAAGCUUGUGAAAACACAGAACAACUCCGGGAGCAACUGCUGGAACAAAAAGCAGAAUAUGAAACAGAAUUGCAGAGGAGAGUGAAUGAAUUAGAAGAUCAUCACAUACAACAGUUGGCACAGAUGGAGAAGCACUUGAAUGAAGCAAGAAGAGAACACACCAAAGCCGUGGUUGCUCUCCGUCAGUCAGAACGUCAGAUGCAGCGUGAAAAAACAAGAAACCAAGAGACUUUGCGUACAUUCGAGGAUGCUGCCCAAACCCUCCAGGAACAGUUAAGUCAGCAGUUACGACAAGCCGAGAGGGACAAAAAUCUGAUGAUUGCCACACUGAAGCAAGAGGGAUUAUUAAAUGCAUAUCGGAAAAACAGAACAGGUGCUGCCCAGACUUUGCAAACAGAGGUGGAGCAAGCAAAUAAACAAAAUGUGAAACACUCCUCUUUACCUUGCACUACAGAAUCCCUUUCAUCAAUGGUAGCCAAUCUUCAGAGCCUUGGAACCACUCUCCUGGAUGAUGAGGAUGAUCAGGAAGAGGAAGACUGAUAAGAUGAUGGGCAACCUCAACCCUUGAUCUAGCACUGUGGCUUAACAUAACUAAGAUUUACACAAAUAUAGAAUAACUGCACGAUUACUACCAAGUUGAGUGUACUGCUUAUGGCGGUACAAAACUGCACACCAGUACAGAGCAGAAAAUCACUAAAAAUAAUUGUGGUAUUAGGCCUCUUCUUAACGGGAACCAGCACAUAAAGUGUAGCAGAUGCAAAGCAUUGCACCAUGGGUACCAGUUCUGUAAAGAAAAGGUAGAUCUUGGCCUUUUAGACUUUGACUGAGGACAUUUGUCUGCUGCUCUUGACGUACAGAAUUCCCCAUGUGCCUAGGACAUAAUGGUGUUUACACCAAAUGGAUAUAUUUUGUUUAUGGGUGGGCCUUUGUUGGAUGGAUAUCUGCUACCGUACAGAGGAUAAAAGGUCAGCACUCACCCUUCGUAAACAGUCUUUUGGUGCACGUCCCAGGCUGCCACCAACAGCCGAAAUUACAGGAACACUUUGCAUAAAUAGACAGCACCCAGCAGGAAUUUUCUUAAAAAGCCUUUAUUUCAAGGGCUUUAUUCAGACGAAAUACAGCACGAAAUACAGCUGUAUUUCGUCUGAAUAAAGCCCUUGAAAUAAAGGCUUUUUAAGAAAAUUCCUGCUGGGUGCUGUCUAUUUAUGCAAAGUGGAUAUCUGCUACCCACAAAGGACCUGUCCCCAAAAUGUUUUGCUCUAUAAGUUGUACACAAGGGGAUAAAUAAGCUUAUUUCUGUAUUUAUGUCAGCAGAUGAACACAAUAAUAAAAAUCAGCACUUUCAUUCUAAAUGGAAUACAUCCAAUUACUAUAAUCUAUAUUGGUGAUAACAUUUUGAACUGUACCGUAAUGCCCCUUGUUGGUGGAUUGAUGCAUAAUCUUACUGUGGAAUCACACCAAAUAUGGGGAUAGGCUUCCUAUAUGUAUUAUUAGUUCAGUGUUAAACCCGUUUCUUUUCUUUAGGAAUCCCGCAGAAUUAUUGCUCAAUUGUUUAGUGCACAGGCAUUACUUGUCCUAAUACCCAGGGCUCUGAAUUUGACUCCACACACUCCUCACCAGCCCACUGAUUGGGCCAAGGGGGGCAAAUUAAUUGCUUACUAAAAGACAAAGUCCCAGUAUGAAAAAAAAAAACAAAACAGAAAUUUGUGUCAAAGUUACAAAUGCUAUAUGAGGCAAGUUUUUCAACCUCAUGGUAGGUAUGGAUGAUGGUUGUGUAAUGCAUGUGCACUUUUUCUUCUGCAUUUAGCAUUAAUCUCUGUUUCUGUGGGUACAGACCAUGUAGCACACACAGAUCAGUUGCAUCUUGCUGUGCUGUGUGGCUAAACAUCCACCUCAUGCCAAACACCCAUGUGUAAAGCCUUAUUGUUGCUAAAUAAUUUUUUUAAAAAGUG